UAGAUGGCAUCGUCUUCCGUGGCUAUGGAGAUUGACGACUCUCCUUUCCAGGGGCUUGAGCGUUCCAUCAAGGCUGUGGAAGCUGAAAUCGAGGGAGUGGAGAAACAACUGGCGAGCGAGCAAGAUCCGGUAGAGAGGCAGUAUCUGUGGAAGAAGAAGCACCAGCUGCGGGAGGAGAAGCAGCAGCUGCGGGAGGAGAAGCUCCUCCUACUUAAAUCUAAUCUGCCCCACGGAACCGGUGGAUCUGACGCAACCAGGUAUAACUACGAGCUUCCGACGUCUUUAGAAGCGGGUGACAUGUUCCACUUCUGCCCAGAGGUCUUCCAUAAGGAUUUCUAUUAUGUUCAGCAGGUGUGGAAACCAUUUUACACAGAGAUGAGCAAGGUUACCCAAGGGCACGUUAGCGUGGUACACGUCUCCGGCAACCCCGGCAUAGGCAAGUCCCAUUUUCUGGUUUACGUGCUCGUUAAUCUACUCAAGGAAGGGAAGACCGUCCAGGUGGAGCUCGUUAUUCAGGAAACUGUGGAUUAUUAUGCUUUCUAUCCGGACGGGACAUACCAGAUUCUUAACGAGUUUAACAGGUCGCUGCAAGGGGAGAUCCUACUGACUGAUCAGAGCUUUGUUGGUCACUAUGGGCGAAUUACGUAUAUCUUUGCAUCUCCCAAUAGAGACAACUGGGUGGAUGCGUGGAAGAACAUAACCUCGAGCUGCUUCCAACAGCUUUUCAUGCCGCCUUGGUCCUUUGAGGAACUAGAAAAUCUUUUCUACCGGUACGCGUAUCUGGAGGAGAACAGGUUCUCAGAUCCUCGAACAGAGUUUCGUGUGAGAAAUCUACUAUUUGGUCCUAUACCCAGGUGGUACUUCUUCACCCUGGAGAACGGAUAUCAGGAGAUAUUAAAGAAUGUGCAAGGGAUGGUCGGGGAAGGGGUGCUUCAGGUGCAGGACUUGAGAGGUGCUGGUGACAAGGAAGAAUAUUCAUAUACAGUGUUCACAAUAUGGCCAAGUGUGGAUUUUUUGUCUAUUCAAUCAAUCAGGCCCAUCUCCCAGUGGGUUUCACAAAGCAUUGUUGAGGUGGCCGCUUACAGGAAGCUCAAGGGGUUUGAGACCUUCGUCUUGGCUGCUGAGAGUGACCCGGCAUUGAAAGUCGCUGCUGGGAAUCUUUUUAAACUGGAGGAAGGACACAAGUUCCAGAACUUCCCCAUCGUCGACAGUAUAACGCCGAACCAUAUGAUCCAAGUGUCCUUGGCGAAGUCCAGGAAGCCCAUGGAUCAGGCUGUCUUCUCCAGACUGCGGUCGGAUUUAAACCAGAAGAUGCUGUCUGAUGAAGACAAGCAACUGGUCUUAGCUGGUGAUUUGAGGUAUCGCCAGAUCCAGGCAUUGUGCAAGAAGUAUGGAAUUCAUGCAAACCAGCACAAGGAGGUGAUGCUCGAGGAACUCAAGGAACUUGUUGCUCUUGCUAAUGUCCAAGAUGGUGGCAGCCUGCAAGAGGAGCAACUGAGGCUGAUUGUGAAGACUAUUGCAUUGCAGAGUGGCUUCUCAGUGAAUUCAGGUUGGCACUAUCUGACUCUCAAAGAGCUUUUCACCUCUGUGAAGAAUGAUAUCCAUUAUGGCGAUUAUGAACCUUUUUUUGCGCUGGAAGAUGAUGCUGUUGAAGACAAUGGAUAUGCAGCGAUGGAUAAUUGGGACAUAAAGCUUGGCUUCCAUGGGGGUGGAAUUGCAUCCGGGUUUGAAUCUGAGAUCGUGUACACUGCUCUAAUGGAGGAGACCCAAGUGACCUUGAAGUUGGCACAUCUAGAUGGUACUCUAGUUGGAAAGCAGACUCUCUUCAUUUCACAUACUGUUUUCAAGGCCCUUACAGGGUUGGAAGUCAUGAAUGGCAAGUCAGUUGAUGAAGCUGCUGAUUUUCCUAAGCGGCCUGUGCACAAGCUGAAAAAGUGGACGACCAGAAUGGGAAUGUCCAAUAAUAGUGCAUCCAGAAGUAUCACUUUGAGCUCCCUGCUAUACAACAUGGCUGGUUGA